GUGGCCUCCUUAAUCUUCGCACUGGCUCCAAUCUCGUCUCAUCAAUAUCAAUGCUCGGUUUUAUUAUUAUCAAAUGUGGAAAUGAAACAGUUCUAUCGGCGGAAAGCCUUUGCAAUUACCAGGUUUCAUUCUAUAUCGAACAAAUGCGGCAGUAAAGCUUCAUAACACUCUGCUGAUUUGACGGCUUCCACCUAUCUCCUCGUCACUUGGAAUCUUUCCUCAUCGACCUGGAUGUUCAUAGAUUGCAACACGUGUGCUGCUUCCCGCGCAAAUUUCUGGUCGGAAGGGACGCUCUUGCCUGAACCUCUGGCAGCGCUAUACUCACGCUGCAUCGUGCUUUUAAUAUCUCACUCCUUCUAUGCAGACGCACUUACCGGUGCGGAGAAUAUUACGGUCGCGGACGCCUUGGGUCUUCAGAUAUGAGCAGAUGACGUCUCCCCCUCUCAGCUCGCUUUCCCUGGGCCUGCCACGCCCUGCGCCCACUUUACAAUGUACCACCACCACAGUCUUCAGCGCCCGGGGCAUGCGUGGAUUCCUCGCUCGUCGGAGGGCAUGCACCGCAUGUACAGCUCCGCGCCUGGCUACUACGAUGCGCCUGAGAUGCGUAUGGUGUACCACCACGCACAGCCGAUGCCGCAACCACCGAUGAUGUACCACCCUCAGCCUAUAUACCCUCAUCCUAACCGUCUCGUCCGCCCACAACCUCGUCCCGUCCUAUGCUACGAUAACUGCUGCUGUUGCGAUGCCUGCUGCGAUGAAUGUUGCGGACCCGAGUGUUGCUGCAACUGCUACUGCUGACAUGCCCUUGCACGACCGUGACUUUAUGGCUUAUGAAUCUUUUGCUGCACUUUUGCUUGUUCUGCCUCGUCCGUGAACAAUCGCCGGACUGCAUACCCUUUUGAUUUGUUAGGUUUGGUUAUGUCGCCACCACCUUCGUGAUUUGGUUGAUUGUGUACAGGUUGAUUUCACUCAAUGAAACAAGACUUGACUCCGCG